GUUGGCAGGAACAGUUAUCACUAUUAAACGCGACAGCAUCUUUGUCUGGUCAUCAGGUUCAUACUCUCUUCCCAGUUGUCUCCCGAAUCUCGUGACGCAAACCGUCGCUGCGGAACCAGCGCCUGCAAACUAACAUGACUUCGACGAUGAAAUCGAUCAACCGGUUCCUAUAUGGUCCAACACCAGAGGAAAGAGUACGUGCGUGGCAGCAAAAGCUAAAGAGCGAGGGGAGGCAGCUAGAUCGGGAGAUCCGGCAGCUAGAUCAAGCUCAAGGGAAGGCAAGACAGUCACUGAAGCAGCUUGCACAGAAAGGGGACGUUAAGAGUGCUCGAAUACUUGCGAAGGAGGUGGUGAGGAGUAACAAGCAGAAGGAGCGAUUAUACGUUUCCAAGGCGCGGCUUGGAAGCAUCGGUACCCAGCUGUCAAACCAGCUCGCUAUGGUGAAGGUCACAGGGAGUUUGCAUAAGAGCACGGAAAUCAUGAAACUGUCGAAUCAACUUGUCCGGCUGCCGCAGAUUAGCCAGUCAAUGCGAGAAAUGAGUAUGGAGAUGAUGAAGGCGGGAAUUAUGGAAGAGAUGUUGGAUGAGACGCUUGAAGCGGUGGAUGACGGCGAGGAACUCGAAGAGGAGGCUGACCAGGAGGUUGAAAAGGUGCUGUUUGAGCUGACGGAUGGCAAGCUCGGGCAGGCCGGGACGGUCACGACAGAACUUCCGCACUUGGAGGACAAGGAGGCCGAGGAGGAGCCGGAGAUGCAGAGAAUGCGGGAACAGCUGAAUGGUUUGUUGAACGGGUGAUAGUGAUACCGCUGUUGCAUGCGUAUGCAGCAUACC